AAAAAGCAAUUGAAAAAACAAAAUUGUUGGUGACUUCUCACUUGUGUGUUGUCGAGCGGAUGUGAGAGAGAGAAAGCGCGAGUGUUUCCUCUUUCCACUGAAAGGGAUAGGCAGAGUUUUUAGGGUUCCUCCCUUUUGUUUUGGAUCUCAAUUAACUGUCAUCAAUGGCGGAUUCCGAUGUCGGAAAAUUAUUCGUCGGUGGAAUUUCUCGUGAUACUACCGACGUUACUCUUAGAGAUCACUUCACUAAAUACGGCGACGUUUCUUCUUCUAUUAUUGCUAAAGAUCGUCUCUCUGGUGGGCCCAGAGGUUUUGGUUUCGUCACUUUUUCUGACGCUUCUUCUGUCGAUCAAGCUCUUCGUGAUCAUCAUGUUAUUGCUGGUAGAGCGGUAGAAGUGAAAAAGGCUAUACCGAGGAAUGAACAACAGACCAAUACAUCUCAACAACAACAACAACAACAACAACAACAACCACAACAACGACAACAGUCGCAACACUUGCAUACGAGUAAAGGAUCUCUUAGGAAUAUAAAUGGUAGUUAUGGAGGUAGCAACAAUGAUCAAUACUUAAGAGCUAAGAAGAUUUUUGUAGGGGGUUUAUCGGCUAAUCUAACUGAGGAGGAGUUUAAGAAUUAUUUUGAAAAGUUUGGUAGGAUUACAGAUGUAGUUGUGAUGCAUGACAACAAUACUAACAGGCCCAGAGGAUUUGGGUUUAUAACUUUUGACUCUGAAGAGGUAGUUGAGAAACUUAUGCAAAAGAGCCACCAUGAGCUGGGUGGUAAGCGGGUGGAGGUUAAGAGGGCUGUUCCUAGGGAUGCAACUAAGAAUUUUAACAAUGGAAAUAACUCUAGAUUCGGUGGUGGGAGAUUCCCCCCUGCUGCUGCUUACACAGAGGAUAACAGUUGGCCGAGAGGUCCUGCCACAGUCAUGAAUUAUCCUGGUCAUUUUCCCCUUUCGACCUAUCCUGGUUAUUACUACGGUGGGGUCUAUGGUGGUGGAUAUCCUGUUAGUGGUUAUGGUGUGUUUGGUUAUGGGAUGCCUAUGGUUCCUCCUAGGGUCCCUUGGAAUGGUGUUGGAAUGAUGGAGGCUCAACCUUUCCACUAUGGCACUGGGUUUUAUCCCACCGGAGUCAAUGGGGGAGUUGCUUUAAUGGGAAUGAUUAAUGGCUAUAAUGGCAUGGUAGAUGCUGGAGGUAAUGUGAAACCAGAUCAGGAUGUUAGUGGCAAUACUCAGUUGCCUGCAAAUGAUUCCCCUCGCCAAAUGAAUGGAGCAAGGUCUGAUGUUGGGAACUCGAGUUCAAAGAUGGGACAAGGGGUUGUGAAUGGCAAGAAGAAUUCAAGAAGUGUCGAUGUGCAAGUGCAAUCUAAGGUAUCUCCUGUGAGUGAGUCCAGCUGACCAAGUUCCACUUGUAUCCACGAAAUGUCACAAUGUUGAUGAUUCAUACACUGAAGGAGGUUGAGGCUGUUUUGCAGUCUCUGUACAAUAGUACUUUUGCUAUCUCCUUCCUAUCUCUGUCCAUUUAACUCCUUAUAUAUAUAUCGAUCGUUUCUUUAUCUCUUUAUUUCAUUCAAUAAUUUUUCAGUACAGGAUUUGGGUUUCUGUAAUAUAGUAGUUUAUAACUGCAGAAAUUUCUGUCA